ACCGUGUGUCAGGGACCCGUCUGCUCGAGUGGGUGUGCCAGCCUGAUGCUGUCUAUGAUGGUUGUUCCGUGAGGAUCUCGACCCUCGAGGCGCCAUCAGCCUUUGGAUGGCUGGGAGUUGCAGCAGCACAAAACUUUCCAGGUCACUGGCACAUACUCUGUAACAUGCGACAGGUUUAACUCACUUUGGGCUUCAUUGGCUACCACAGACAAUUGUUCUGGAGAUCUUCUAUGGUUUCUUUGGUAGUGUGCAUUGAUCCAAGACGCGAGUCGAGGGGAGGUAGCGAGCCAAGUCAAAGGAAGAAAUACGGGGGCGCAGUCUGCCAGCCCCAAACCCUCCUCCGUACUUGAACCAGCAGCACAGACGAGUAGCUACCACCACCGGCGUAUACGCUGGACAGCAAAUGAACAUGCCUCUUGUCAGACUUACAGACUUGGUGCCAACCGACAUACCUAAUCUGAUCAACGGCUCGACUUCCAAAUCAGACCAUGACGACAUUGGCCGGAGAUUCUUUCGCUGGAAAUCAGAUGAAAAAUGAACGAUCUCAAACCGUGUACAAUAGACUCCUCAGUCAUGGGAUAGGAGGUAAGUCGCCUACUAUUGCACGAUAAAAGCAUUGAGAGUCCAUCUACGCCGGUCUUUGCGGCUUCGUUGUUUGUUGUCUGCCCUCACAGUGCCGUAUCUUGACCCACAAUGUCCAAAACCCCAUCGAGUUAUGCGACGCCAAAAUGGUGGAAAGAGGCCGUCAUCUAUCAGAUCUACCCGUCGUCCUUCCAAGACACCAACGGCGACGGCUGGGGCGACGUCAAGGGCAUUACAUCUCGCCUAGACUACCUGAAGGAAUUGGGCAUUGAUAUCGUGUGGACGUCGCCCAUUUACAAAUCUCCUCAGGCCGACAUGGGCUACGACAUCGCAGAUUACAAGGCCAUCGAUCCCAUCUACGGCUCACUCGAGGACGUGGACAAUCUGAUUGCCGAGCUGAAAAAGAGAGACAUGAAACUCAUGAUGGACCUCGUGGUCAACCACACGUCCAAUAUGCAUCCCUGGUUCCUGGAAUCUCGCUCGUCAAAGACAAACCCGAAAAGGGACUGGUAUAUCUGGAAACCGCCCAAGUCAGUCAGCGACGCUGGUGUCGCCGAACCGCCCAAUAACUGGGCCCAGAUCCUAGGGGAAGCAAAUUCAGCCUGGACCUACGACACCGUGACGGGAGAAUACUAUCUUUCCAUCUUCACGCCCGAACAACCUGACUUGAACUGGGAAAAUCCCGAGGUGCGCGAGGCUGUGUGGGAUGUGAUGCGAUUCUGGCUCGAUCGCGGCGUCGCAGGCUUCAGACAAGACGUCAUCAAUAUGAUCAGCAAGGUCCCAACAUACCCGGACGCCCCCGUCGUGCUGGAUCCCCUCACGCACAAGUAUCAGCCGGGGACACAGUUCUUCGUCAACGGACCCAAACUGCACGACUACCUGCGCGAAAUGAACCGGGAAGUGCUCUCGAAAUACGACGCGAUCACCGUGGGCGAGAUGCCCGGCGUCUCCGACGAAGACGAGAUCCUCCGCACCGUGGGCGCCGACGCGGGCGAGCUGAAUAUGAUCUUCAUCUUCGACGUGGUGGACAUCGACAAGCCCAACGUGCGGAUGGCGCUGAAGCCGUGGGACGUCAAGGAACUCAAAUCGAUCAUCAGCCGGUGGCAGCGGUGCAUGAUCGAGAAGGACGGGUGGAACUCGGUCUUCAUCGAGAACCACGACAACCCGCGCAGCGUGACCCGGUACACGGACGACAGCGACGCGAUGCGCGACAAGGGCGCCAAGCUGCUGGCCCUGAUGCAGACGACGCUGGGCGGCACCCUGUUCGUGUACCAGGGCGAGGAGAUCGGGAUGCGCAACGCGCCGCGGGACUGGGACAUUGACGAGGAAUACAAGGACAUCGAAACCGUCAACUACUGGAAGAAAUGCCGGCAGAUCUACAAGGACGACCCGGCCCAGCUCGAGCAGGCGCGGCACAUCAUCCAUCUCAAAGCCCGCGACCACGCGCGCACGCCCUUCCAGUGGAACCGCUCGGACAACGCGGGCUUCUGCGGCGGCGGCGUGAAGCCCUGGAUGCGCGUCAUGGACGACUUCCAGGACGGUAUCAACGCGGAAGACCAGAUGAAGAAGACAGACAACACAAUGAACAACGAUGACGGCGAUGACGACGAACAACAGCUGUCGACAUGGCAAUUCUGGCAGCGCGGCAUCCGCGAGCGCAAGAACCACGCCGCCGCCUUCGUCUACGGCGACUACCGGGAGCUCUCGCCCGACGACCCCGCCGUGCUGGCGUAUGUCCGCACCAGCGCGUCCGGAGAACGGUGGUUGGUGGUGCUGAACUUCUCGGGCCAGCAUCUCGAGUGGGCGUUGCCGGCGGAGGAGAACUUGGCGCCCGUCGAGGCCUGGGUCGCGGGCACGUACACAAAGGGCCGGCCUCGGAAGCCCCGCGAGGGCAAGAUCCCGCUGCGGCCGUGGGAAGGGUUGUUGGCGAAACUGAAGGGUGGAGAGUGAAAGUGGAUCAACAGAAGAGAGGGGGGGGGUUGGUUUAGAACAUAGAUGGGCAGAUGGACGGAUAAACAGAUAGAUAGAUACACGGAGCCAGAGAUAGACCCGUAUCGGGGUUGGUUUCCGGGUGUGAUGGAUUAAUGAAUGUGAAUGUGGACAGACGUUGCUUUCCUCCAUGGAUCUGGCGCUGUCAACGACUACACGGUUUAC